AUGUUGCCCAUUUUCUUCUCUGCAUUUAUCCUGUCUGCUUGCUGCUUAACCAAAGGAAACUGUGUCUCCUAUGAUGAGCUGAAAGAGCUGAAAACUGAAUUUGCCAUCAGGCUCUACAGGCAUGUAUCUGAAGCAGAGAAUAGAACAAAUCUGGUAGUCUCUCCAGCAAGUGUGGCUGUUUCUUUGGAGCUGCUGCAGUUUGGAGCACAAGGAAAUACCUUUACAGAGCUGCAGGAUGCCCUAGGAUACAACAUUCAUGAUCAAAGCGUGCAGGACUUCUUGCGCACGGUGUAUGAGGGAGCGACCGACUCAAGCCAAGGCACGGUGGUUCAGCUGGCGUGUUCCUUCUUUGUGGAUGCUGGCGUGCAGCUCUCGCCCCACUUUGCUGCACACGCUGCACGCUGGGCGAACAGCAGCCUGCAGCAAACCAACUUUACUGACCCCAACAGAACCGCGGCCCAAAUACAGGAAUGGAUCACCAGUAACCUUGCAGAUGGGGAUGUGCGUGGCGUGCCAUUGGAGACUGCUGGGUCGUCGCUCAGCCAGGUUGCCUUGGUGAGCACCAUGUAUUUCAGAAGCACGUGGCAAAAGAAGUUUUCUCUUGUGGACACUCAGAUGUUGCCUUUUACCACAUCAGAGGGCUCAACCCUGAAAGUGCCCACAAUGCAUCAUACAGCCGAAGUUAAUUACGGCCAGUUCCAGACUGCAGCUCUGGAGCCUUUCAGUGUGGUCGAGUUACCCUACCUGGGGGAGAAACUCAGCAUGUUCCUAGUGCUUCCCAACCACAAAAGAACACCUUUGUCCCAGAUUGAGUCUCACCUUUCUGCCAAAGACAUAACCCUCUGGGCCAACAGCUUAAAGAGAACAAAGAUGGACAUUUUUUUACCUAGGUUCAGUAUUCAAAGCCUUUUUGACCUAAAGACAGUUUUUUCUGCCUUGGGAAUUAGAGACGCAUUUGAUCCCAUCACUGCUAAUUUUAAAAGCAUUUCAGAUCAAGACAGUCUUUAUAUUUCAGAAGUUAUUCACAAAGCAGAGAUUGAAAUAACAGAAGAUGGUACGAAGGCAUCAGGAGCUACAGCAAUGGUAUUACUAAAAAGAUCUCGAACACCUAUUUUCAAAGCAGAUCGACCCUUCACAUUUUUUCUGAGACAAGCUAAUACAGGUAUGCAUGCUCUGCCUUUCAGGAGCAGAAUCCUUCACAAGUAAC